GCUGGGUGAGGACUGGCGGCGGAUCUUCUUCUCCCCAAGGCAAAGGAGGGAGCCGAGGCGAUGGGCGAAGCGCAGACCGCCUAGUAGGAUUGAUCCUCCUUCAACCAGGCCUUGCUGAUGAUGAAUGGAACAGCCAAUGUGAACGCAGCCGGACGAAGCCAUUAUGCCUCCUCUAUACCUGUUCCCAGAGCUGCAUCCCACAGCAAGAUACACACCCUGGCAGCAUCGCCCAAACUGCCCCCAAGGCAGAACAGUGUGGGAGCUGUUCCCUCGCAGAGGGCAUCAUCACCCAGGACAGGGAAGGGACUGGUUAGCUCGAGCAGUGGAGUGCCAAAAGGAUCCAAGCAAAAGCUGGUCCCAAAGACUCCAGCAGCUGCAAGCCCUGGGCAGGAGAAAUCGGAAGCGUCUGAGAGCCAUGGUGGGUCAGAUGGGAUAGAUUCCAGCCUCAGCCUGAGCAUGGUGUCUGGCUGCAGCAGUCCCCGGGGGAUGCAGAGGUCCAGCUCCAGGACUAUUGGGGCAACUAAGAAAGCUGCUGUUCAAGCAACCGAGAGAAGCAAGGACACCACAAAACAGGGGGAAGACAGUAGCAGUCGCGGUGCCAAGAAGGGUCUUGGGAAGCCCAGUACAAUUCCUGAACCUGCAAAAACCUCUCACCUCCCAGGAAAGAGUCCAUCCUAUCUCAGCUUGUAUAGUGAGACUUUGUUGUCCAGGUCUUCAGAGGGAUCCACCACAAAGAGGCCUCAGAGUUGUCCUGUAAAAGGUCAGUGGGCCUCAGAAGCCAAUGGGAAAGGAAGUGGAACGUCUAAGCCAGAGGAAAAACCUCAGGUGAUCUCACUGGACACAAGCAACCUCAAUAAGGGCCCUGUGCUGCACACUGGGCCUAUCAGUUUUUCCUCUGUGCCUCAACACAACCAUCCCAUCAUGGCCACGGUAGCCCCGUUCCAUUAUCGGCGACAGGGUGAGAAAGAGAGGAGCAGCUCAUCUAAAGAGGAGUCUGCAUGUGAAGAGCAGCAGCCCAACCUUACUGAAGGGCCUGAACAUGGAUUGAGAAGCAUGGAGGCUGGGCUUUUAAAUGGUUUCCUCGCGGCGGGCGGGAAGAAGAUGCUUGGCAGCGGCGGCGGCGGCGGCAACAGCAACGACGUCAGGAGGCUGCAGCGCGACGCGGAGCUGAGCGGCGACGAAGGGCCCGAGGAGGCGCUGAGGGGCUACAAGAAGCAGGCGUCGUCGUCGGGCGACGGCAGCAACAAGGCCAUGAUGCAGAAGCGCGGCAGCGCCAAGGGCCCCGGCGGCGUGGCGGCGCCCAAGGCGCCGGCCGAGCUGAAGGUCUUCAAGGCCGGCAGCGUGGAGGGCCGAGGGCCGCUGGCCUCGAACCUGCGCAAGCAGAAGUCGCUCACCAACCUGUCCUUCCUGACGGACAGCGAGAAGAAGAUGCAGCUGUACGAGCCCAAGUGGAGCGACGACAUGGCCAAGGCGGCCAAGGGCUUCGGCGGCCGGAGCCUCAAAGGCGGCAAGGAGGCGCCGCCGCUCAUGUCCAAGAACCUCUCGCGCUCCGAGCACUCGCUCUUCCAGGCCAAGCUGGCGCCCCCGGCCGCCGGCAACAAGCCUCCGCCGCCGCUGGCGCCGCUGCCCUCCAACCUGGGCAAGCCCAGCCGCAUCCCGCGAGGGCCCUACGCCGAGGUCAAGCCCCUCAGCAAGGCGCCCGAGGCCGGCAGCGGCAGCGACGACCUCAAGUCGGACGACGAGAUCCUCUCCAGCAAAGGCAAGGCGGCGCAGCAACAGAAGCAGCAGCAGCAAGCGGCCACCCAGCCGGCCGGGAAAGGGGCGCCGGCGGAGGAGAAGGCUUUCCUGAAGGUGGAUCCCGAGCUGGUGGUCACCGUGCUGGGCGAUCUGGAGCAGCUGCUCUUCAGCCAGAUGCUCGAUCCUGAAUCCCAGAGAAAGAGGACAGUACAGAAUGUGCUUGACUUGCGGCAGAACCUGGAGGAGACCAUGUCCAGCUUGAGGGGCUCCCAAGUAACUCACAGCUCGCUGGAGAUGACAUGUUAUGACAGCGACGAAGCCAACCCCCGCAGCGUGUCCAGCCUGUCCAACCGCUCCUCUCCCCUCUCUUGGCGCUAUGGUCAGUCCAGCCCCCGCCUACAGGCUGGAGAUGCCCCUUCAGUGGGUGGGGGAUGCCGCUCGGAAGGCACUCCCAGCUGGUACAUGCACGGGGAGCGAGCUCAUUAUUCCCACACCAUGCCCAUGCGCAGCCCCAGCAAGCUCAGCCACAUUUCCCGCCUGGAGCUUGUGGAGUCGCUUGAUGCUGAUGACGUCGAUCUCAAAUCUGGGUACAUGAGUGACAGUGACUUAAUGGGCAAGACCAUGACUGAGGAUGAUGAUAUCACCACAGGCUGGGAUGAGAGUAGCUCCAUCAGCAGCGGCCUCAGCGAUGCCUCUGACAAUCUCAGCUCAGAAGAGUUCAAUGCCAGCUCCUCGCUCAAUUCCCUGCCUUCCACCCCCACGGCUUCUCGCAGGAACUCCGCCAUAGCGCUGCGCACGGACUCUGAGAAGCGCUCACUGGCAGAGAGUGGGCUGAACUGGUACGGAGAGCCAGAAGAGAAGGCUCAGAAGAAGAUGGACUAUGACAGCGGGAGCCUGAAAAUGGAGCACAGCUCUUCCAAAUGGCGACGGGAGCGCUCGGAAAGCUGUGACGAGGCUCCUGCCAAAGGCGGAGAUCUGAAAAAGCCAGUCAGUUUGGGCCCACCGGGCUCCUUGAAGAAGGGCAAAACUCCUCCUGUGGCAGUGACCUCUCCCAUCACCCACACAGCCCAGACCCUCAAAGUGGCAGGUAAACCUGAAGCAAAAGCAACAGACAAGAACAAGCUUUCAGUGAAGAACGCCAGCCUGCAGCGCUCAUCGUCUGAUGCUGGCCGAGAUCGGAUUUCAGAUGCCAAGAAGCCCCCUUCUGGGCUGACCCGGACCACAACUUCCGGCUCUUUUGGCUACAAGAAGCCACCUCCUGCAACUGGCACUGCCACGGUGAUGCAAGCUGGUGGCUCGGCCACCCUUGGUAAGAUCCAGAAGACUUCUAGCAUCCCAGUCAAGCCAGUCAAUGGAAGGAAAACCAGCUUGGAUGUCUCUAAUGCUGGGGAGCCUGGCUUCAUGGCCCCAGGGGCCCGUACCAACAUCCAGUACCGGAGCCUGCCACGCCCAGCCAAAUCUAGUUCCAUGAGCGUGACUGGUGGACGCAGUGGGCCACGGCCAGUGAGCAGCAGCAUUGACCCCAGCCUGCUCAGCACAAAAGGAAGCAUCAGCGUCUCACGGCUGAAAGAGCCCUCUAAGAUUGGCACAGGCCGGAGCACGCCAGUGCCAGUGAAUCAGACGGACAGGGAGAAGGAGAAAGCCAAAGCGAAAGCUGUGGCCCUGGACUCUGACUGCGUCUCACUCAAGAGUAUCGGCUCCCCUGAAAGCACCCCGAAGGCUCAAGGUGGGCACCAGACUUCUGCUAAAGUGGCUGAGUUGCCACCAACUCCACUCAGGUCAGCUGCCAAAAGCUACGUGAAAGCUCCUUCUCUGGCCAACCUGGACAAGGUGAACUCCAACAGUCUGGACCUCCCUCCCUCCAGCGAACACCAGAUGCACGGUGGCAAACUGCACGAGUCCCAUCCAGCUGCAGCAAACGUGGGCCCCCACCUCACGUCGUGCUUCACGCCAAGCCCUGCUCCGGUCCUUAACAUAAACUCUGCUAGCUUCUCCCAGGGCCUGGAGCUCAUGGGAGGCUUCAGCAUCCCCAAGGAAUCCCGCAUGUACCCCAAGCUCUCAGGGUUGCACAGGAGCAUGGAGUCCUUGCAGAUGCCUAUGAGCCUGCACAGCCCCUUCUCUGCAGGCAAUACAACUGCUCCCACCACUGCUCCCACCCCUCCCGUUGUGGCUGCUGAGGAGGAACCCAGUGAGAUGUCCUGGACGGGGAGCCCCAGGAUCACACACCUGGACAGCUCUAACCGUGAUCGGAAUACAUUGCCCAAGAAGGGACUAAGGUAUCAAAUCCAGUCCCAGGAAGAGGCCAAGGAGAGGCGGCACUCCCACACGAUUGGAGGAUUGCAGGAAUCAGAUGACCAGUCUGAGCUGCCUUCCCCUCCUGCUCUCUCCAUGCCAUUGGUUGGAAAGGCACCACUCACUAAUAUUGUGACCCCCACGGCAGCCAACACCCCGAGGAUCACCCGCUCCAACAGCAUCCCCACCCACGACUCCACCUUCGAGCUGUACAAUGCGUCCCCCAUGGGCAGCACCCUCUCCCUGGCAGACCGGCCCAAGGGCAUGAUCCGUUCGGGCUCCUUUCGCGACCCUGUGGAUGAUGGUGAGAGUCCUGCACCCAGCCAGGAGGACAAGAGUCUCCUCCACAGUAAUAAUGUUCACGGAUCUGUGCUGUCCCUGGCGUCAAGUGCUUCCUCCACUUACUCCUCAGCUGAGGAGAGGAUGCAGUCUGAGCAAAUCCGCAAACUGCGCCGUGAGUUGGAGUCAUCCCAGGAGAAAGUGGCCACGUUGACAUCCCAGCUUUCGGCCAACGCGAACUUAGUAGCAGCCUUUGAGCAGAGCCUCGUGAACAUGACUUCCCGUCUCCGACAUCUUGCAGAGACUGCGGAAGAGAAGGACACUGAGCUGGUGGACUUGAGGGAGACAAUUGAUUUCUUGAAGAAAAAGAACUCGGAAGCCCAAGCUGUUAUCCAAGGGGCCCUGAAUGGAACAGACAUUACACCCAAAGAGCUGCGUAUCAAGAGGCAGAACUCGUCGGACAGUAUAUCCAGCCUGAACAGCAUCACCAGCCAUUCUAGCAUCGGCAGUGGCAAGGAUGCAGAUGCCAAGAAGAAGAAAAAGAAGAGCUGGGUUUAUGAGUUGAGGAGCUCUUUCAACAAGGCUUUCAGCAUCAAGAAGGGCCCAAAAUCUGCCUCCUCCUAUUCCGACAUAGAGGAGAUCGCCACCCCAGAUUCUUCUGCGCCAUCGUCCCCCAAACUACAACAUGGAUCCACGGAGACAGCCUCGCCCUCCAUCAAAUCUUCCAACUCCUCUUCUGUGGGCAUUGAUAACACUGAGUUGUUCCAGGCCAAUGAAGAAGAGGAGCCUGAGAAAAAGGAGGUCUCAGAGCUGCGCUCAGAGCUGUGGGAGAAGGAAAUGAAACUGACCGACAUACGUUUGGAGGCCCUAAACUCUGCCCAUCAGCUGGACCAACUGCGCGAAACUAUGCACAACAUGCAGCUGGAAGUGGAUCUAUUGAAAGCUGAGAACGACCGGCUGAAGGUGGUCCCUGGGCCCUCGUCUGUGCCAAGCUCCAUCCCAAGUCAUCUCUUGAGCUCAUCUGCCGCCUCUUCCCCAAGGCGCUCUCUAGGGCUCCAGCUCACUCACCCUUUCAGUCCCAGUUUGACUGAUACAGAGCUUUCGCCGAUGGAUGGCAUCAGUGCUGGCACCCAGAGGGAUGAGGUGACACUACGAAUUGUAGUGCGCAUGCCACCUCAGCACAUCAUCAAAGGGGACCUGAAGCAGCAGGAAUUCUAUCUGGGCAGUAGCAAAGUGAGUGGGAAACUGGAUUGGAAAAUGCUGGAUGAAGCCGUCUGUCAGGUCUUCAAGGACUAUGUCACCAAGAUGGACCCUGCUCUCACACUGGGGCUCAGCAUUGAGUCUGUCUAUGGUUAUAGCAUCAGCCACAUCAAGCGAGUCUUGGACACAGAGCCACCAGAAAUGCCGCCUUGCCGACGGGGUGUGACCAGCAUCGCUGUGACAUUGAAAGGUUUGAAAGAGAAGUGUGUGGACAGCUUGGUGUUUGAGACCCUUAUCCCCAAGCCCAUGAUGCAGCACUACAUAAGCCUUCUGCUCAAGCACCGCCGCCUUAUCCUGUCUGGGCCAAGUGGAACUGGCAAAACCUACCUAACGAAUCGUCUGGCUGAGUAUUUGGUGGAGCGCUCAGGCCGCGAAGUCACUGAUGGCAUUGUCAACACUUUCAACAUGCACCAGCAGUCAUGCAAGGACCUACAGCUUUACCUCUCCAAUCUGGCCAAUCAGAUUGAUCGGGAAACAGGGAUAGAUGUGCCAUUGGUCAUCCUUCUUGAUGACCUCAGUGAGCCUGGCUCUAUCAGCGAGCUCGUCAAUGGAGCACUCACCUGCAAGUACCACAAAUGCCCCUAUAUCAUCGGGACAACCAACCAGCCUGUGAAGAUGACUCCAAAUCAUGGCCUUCAUCUCAGCUUCAGGAUGCUGACGUUCUCUAAUAACGUGGAGCCAGCCAAUGGCUUCCUGGUGCGCUAUCUACGCCGGAAGCUGCUUGAGUCCGACAGCGAUGUCAAUGCCAACCGGGAGGAGUUGCUGCGUGUGCUGGACUGGGUGCCCAAGCUCUGGUACCAUUUGCACACCUUCCUGGAGAAGCACAGCACCUCUGACUUCCUCAUUGGUCCCUGUUUCUUCCUGUCAUGCCCCAUUGGUAUUGAGGAUUUCCGGACCUGGUUCAUUGAUCUGUGGAACAAUUCCAUCAUCCCCUACCUUCAGGAGGGAGCAAAGGAUGGGAUCAAGGUGCAUGGGCAGAAAGCUGCCUGGGAAGAUCCUGUGGAAUGGGUGCGAGACACGUUGCCAUGGCCAUCGGCCCAACAAGACCAGUCAAAGCUCUAUCACCUUCCCCCACCCAGUGUGGGGCCCCACAGCACUGUCUCACCCCCAGAGGAGCGGAGUGGCAAGGAUACUACACCCAACUCUCUGGAAUCAGACCCCUUGAUGGCGAUGUUGCUGAAGCUCCAGGAAGCAGCCAACUAUAUUGAGUCUCCCGACCGAGAAACCCUGGACCCCAAUGUGCAGUCGACACUCUAAAGGUGACUGGAUCAGGAUGGGACGGAGACUGGAGUGAGCUGGUCUCGGCUGCCUUCGCUCCUCGUUCUUCUUUGUUUUCUUUUGUAUCUGGAACCUGUGGUUUGGAACAGAACACCACAGAUGGACGAUGGAGGAGGCCACUUGACCCUCCGCUGCAAGAUACUGCUCCCCCACCCCCCAAUGAGUAUGGUGGUAGGAGAAUGAUGAUUUUUAUUCUUAGGCUUUUUGCCUCUAUCAUAAACUCCUGGGCUUUGCAGUAUGGCUGGGUGGGUGGCGGUGGUGGGACGUUACUAAAUCCCUCGGAUCCAGGGUUCCCAGCAUCGGAGUUCCUGUAUAGGGUAAAGACUCGAGACCUUGUGGAACUGGCCACUGCAUUGUUUGCAGGGCAAUGCCAGCAGGCAGGGCAACAGACAAGUUUGUGGUUCCCUAACAUGAGGAUCUUUUUAUUAAAAAAAAAAAGUAAAGAAAAGCAAAAACCCAGAAAGGAACCUGGAAGUAUCUGAGUAGAAGAGUCGCCGCUGCAGCAAUCCAGCUGUUGCCGUAACUGUUUCCCCUCCGGAUGCUUCCCUACCACAACAAACAUAGGCAAAGGCCUAGGACUGUUAACUCUGUCUUUGUACCCUCCUUAUUUAAUCUGCAUGAUCGUCCUUUUACAUUCAGACUUCCAAUAAACUCUGCAUUGUUUUCCCCCCUUUUAUUUUAUUUUGGUUAAGCUGGGCCAUUCUGUUUGGUUUUUUUGGUUCUAGGAAUUCUGUUUCGGUUUUUAAUCACCUGGUACUAGUUUCACAGGGAGGAGCCACUUGGUUUCUUAGAGGGGUUUUUUGUUUGUUUUGUUUUGUUUUUGUUCAGUUCACCUUUUCUCUGUUCUACCACUCUGUAAAUUCCAUCACGGUGGUCCCUCCAAACUGAAAUUGGUGCUGACUGGAUGACCUCCAGUAACCAAACUCGCCUUGUGGGUCCUUGCAGCUUGCAUCAGAUGCACACAGGGUUGAAUCAGCAGCACAACCUUCUCAAAGAUGCACAACCUGCUGGAUGGGCUCCCCUUCCUGUCCCCUUCUUUUAUCAUUCCAUUCCUGAAAGCACAAGAGGCCUACCAGACUGGGACCAAAGAAAGAGCAGUGGGGCAGAGGAUGCUCUGCUGUGGUCCUCACUUGCGCAGCAAAACCAUCAAAUGCCUCCAGAGCUAAAGAUCUCUCCCAACUUUGCCCAAAUACUGACCUUUCCUCUGCUCACCUUGCAGAGAGAAAGGGAGGAGGGUGGUAGAUAACUUUCAAGAGAGUGAAAAUGUAGCACUGUUAAAUGUUCAGUCUUAGGGUGUCGCUUGCUUGAUUUCCAAACAAGGAACCAUCCACGAAGUGACCCAAAUCAAGCAAAGAUCUACUUCCACCCUGGUGCUGUCAGCUGCCUUAACCGGUACAAAGUAGUGCUCUGAUUUAGGUUAGAUCUGCUUUCCUAUACAGUUGGUGAUAGUAUACAACUGCCACACCCUUUUGCCUUUUGGUUCUAGAUUGUGACUUCCCUUAGGUGAGUUUACAUACAUUUUCUAUUGGGGGUGGGGAGUCACAAAGCCCUCUCUGAGAGCAAAGUUCACGACAUGUUUCAUGAGCUCCUCAACCUCCUUGGCCCUGAUCAACAACUAGUUUUCCUGAAGGGCCAGUUUAAAAGCAAAGUUAGCAGUGAAAAGCCAACAUAAGCAGCAGUUACCAUGUUACCAAUUCAGAUACUAGUUUUAGAAGCCUGUAGCCUGGAUAAAAUAAGGGGGGAAAUCUGAAUCUAGUUUCCAUGGCAUUUCUUUAGAGAAGGUUUAUAUUAUAUCACUUAGCCAGAAGCCAAAUAAUUGUUAGUUUCUCCAUAACACAGGUCCUGGCUUUUUCAACUCAAGUAUUGUAGGAGUUCAUUUCAUAGUGCAGCAGAAUAUAUACAGCACAAUGCAGGGAACAGGAUUUCAGCUCUCCUGAUAUAAACUAAUAGGCUUUACUCUAUGCAGUAUUCACUUCCUAACUAGUGUUUAGUUUUACUAAUAUGCUGAUCUAAUCAUCAGCUCCUCACUCUUAUGAUGCAGAAGCCACUAGGGUUUAUUUUAUGCUAAAUGAUUAAUAACAGGAUUCAUGGAUAGAUACACUGUGCCAAAUACCUCAAGGAUCGCAUCUGAAAUCACUCAAGGUCCUACUUAGUUCCAUGUGAUUCUUAGCAUUUAUUUAAUAGCAUUUUUAUCCUGCUCCUUAGCCUAAAGGGGGCUUCCAGGGCAACUUACAAAAAUCAGUACUUAGACAGUCCCUGCCCCCAGGCUUGCAACUGGAAGAGAUGUAACACACAAGGAACAGGGGGUGGGGUGGAAGAGGAAAGUAGGCAAACUCAAGCACCAGUUCUUAAAGUUACAGUUCUUUUAUAGCUACCAGCUAGGAUAGGAAAGAGUUCCGGCAGCCUGACUGAGUGAUGGCUAAAGGAUGGCCGGAGGCAGCUGGUGUCCCAGGAGAGGUGAUGGGAUAGUCUUGUUUUGCUUCUCACCCUCUGCUCUGCAGCCUAAUGGAGCUGCUGCCACUUGCAGACAUUUGAGUGAGACUUCCCAUAUUUUCAGUAUUUCCACUGCAAUCUUGAGGUCUAGAAAUUGUGCUUUCUAAAAGUGAGAAUGAAGAUUCUUAGGACUCUAGAUUAUGUGCCACGUCCUGCACUUGCUGAGUCAUUGUACAGAAUGUAUAUAAUUUUAGUCCCCCUGCCCAAUUUUUGCCAGAAUGAGGCUCCUGAAGUCAAAGCUCAUUUGUUUUCCUUGUGUAACUAUUAUGGAAUCCUGCAACAAAAUGUUGCAGUGUGGAGUUCUCAUUCCCUCUCCCUCAGUUUUUAAUUCUUCUCUCCCACAACAGUCAGCAUUUGGUGCCCACUGAGCAUCCUCAUUCCUCAGUGGACAUUUUUCCUCUCUUAAAAUAUUUUUUGUACUUCAAACAUUGGGGUUCCCUCCAUCGUAUGGGUGGAUCCCUCUAUCUCUUGCUUGAAUGGGGCCAUUUUGGCUACAUAAGAAUCCACACUAGGAGAAUGGGUUUAUCAUUCGCAUCUAGGAUGUCAUUAAUGUAUAGUCAGCCUGCAGUGAAGGUACAAGUGGCACAAGCAGCAGGUAUGCUCUGACAUGCUUGGCAAACAAGACAAAAUGCCUUUGGGCCCAGCUGUGGCUGAAUCAGGCUUGCAGGUUGUCCUGCCUCACCAGUGCUGCCUGCUCCUUGGCUCAGCAGCUGAGAGCCAAAAGCAAACAUAAGGAACCAGUGACUGCUGGAAGACUGGAGAGAAACAGACAGAGACAGAGAAUGGACUAGAAUGGUGCUUCCUCUCUCAAACUUUGCAUUUGAGUUUGUUGCACAAUUGCCAAAAAGUUUGGCCAGCACUGUAGUAAUUAAUUACAAGUAGUGACGAAAUCAAGUGCAGAACUCAAUGGAAGAUUUUGCAGCACUUUUCUUUGAGCCAAAAGAACUAAAUGACAAAUUGCUUGGCAUAAGGUAGGACUGUGUAAUAUACAAAAGCGACAUUCCUGGCUUUCUGUUUCUUCAUUGCAGACACUGUUCUUCUCACCCAACCCAAGUUUACACACAUGUGUACACACACCACACACACACACACACACACACACACACACCACCUAGCAGCUGCCUCAUACUGUGUUGUUUCAGCUGGGUUUUCAUGGCGAACAAAACAACAGGGAGUAAGUGGUGGUGUUCUCAAAUGUUGUAUGACUGCACAACAAAUUUAACAGGGGUUUUUCUGGGGUUAGUGUUAAUUGUCUCUGCCAUUAUUGCAAACAGACUUUGAUCUAGUCUCCUGACCUUUUUGAGGUCUCUCUGUCUUUUUUUCCAAGCAGAAUGUAUUUUACUGGUGUGGCCAAGGGAGUCUUCUAGGAGCUUGCCCAUUUGCUGCUAAAAUCUCUCCCCUCCCCAAUCUGAAUUGGGGACGGGAAAAGUAGCAAGGAGAAGUGGUUCGGUAUAGACAAGCAUUUAUUCUCCAGUUGUAUCUUCCUCAGUGACCUUAUGCACAAGCAGGGGAAGGUGGGGGAGCCUUAUGAGCAGUACAGAGCACUGUAUGAUCUUAUCACAAGGAUGGGUGGGUUUUCAUCAAAGGCAAAGAAGGUGCUCUCUUGGGGAAAGGCUCUUGUGCUUUUGAAUUGAAGUUGUGCUGCUGUCACACUGUGCUGAUCUGAGCAAAAAUGCAACUUGAAUGAUGAGACUGGAGUUGCCCAUGGUGCUGAAACUGCCUUAAUUGUCACAAUUUCAAGGAAGGGGAGCCCCUAGCCAUGAACUGGCGGAUCUUGCCACAGACCAAGCCUGUUGUGGCCUUCUAAACCCAGACCACAUUUAAUAUCUCCUGCCUUCAGCACAAGAAGCCCAGGGAGAGAAGGUGGAGCUCACACUUAACCACUUCUUUGCUGAGCUUGUUUCUGGUCCCAUCAGUCACAGUGCUUGCUAUUUGGAAUGCCUUUAGGGGAUCAGCUCGGUAAAUAGUAUGGCAGGCGUCUUUCAUCCCAAGACACCUAGAUGACAUGAAGAAAACCACCCUUCUGUCCCUGCCUACUUACAUACCACUACAGAUGCUUAGUCCUCAACCAAGGGAGACUUUUGUUUGUUGGGUAUAAGACUGGGCUAAGUGUUCCACUCACUUCAGAGUCAAAUGGGUCUAGCUAGCCAAAUGACUUCAGAAGAUCACAGCCAUGUUUACGUAUUAGCAGGGUCCAGGGCCAAGGCAGUCACCUCUGUUAGAAUCUAAAUUUCUCUUUGAGAGAUAGGAAAGAAGCCAGGAAAAGGACUAUUUCGUUUCCAAAUCAGGCCAGAACCGACCAAAUUUACAUUACCAAACAGAAAGGUUACUGGCUUUGCCAUCAAAGGAGGAGUCUCCAGGAUCUUGGGUUUUAGACCAGAAGCCUCUUCUAACCCCCAAAACCGAUUUGGAAGAAAAUGGCUUCUUUUCCUCUCCCUCCUCCCUUCCCAUGAGGGAUGAGAGGCAAUGGGAGAGAAGCAGUAAGAGUGAUAGCUUGGCUACUCUCAAUCCAACAGCUUCUGCCUAAUAUGAGGAGGUAGCUGAGCAGUAAGUGGCAUUCAAUCCCAGCUUCCUGCUCCCAUUGCCUUUGCUGGGGCAAGCACCCUCCUCCACUCUCUGGCAAGGGAUUUGCCCACCCCACCUCAUCUUAAAGGGAAUAGCAUUUCCCCCUUGCUCACACCUCACAGUGGUGAGCACCCAGUUUCCUGCAUCUGCAGAGCUGCAGCCUAAGUAUUGAAGCAGCCCCACUUCAUUUCCUCUCUGCAGUUGGGCAGUGGAUAUGGAAAGGCUCCCCCUCACACUUGGAUGUUCAUCCCUGCCUUUAGCAUCUUGCAGGUCCCUUCCUUACAGGCUCCCUGUUUCACACCUCUUGAGGUGGUUUGGACAUUCUCCCGUCCUAUUGCACAGGGUUAUAAAUAGACAUUCCACCACAACAGAGAUCAUGGAUUUAAAUCUACCUGGCCAUCUUCAGCACUUGGCAAAAAGUCAUUGGGAAUCCCUAAUCCAGGAAACUCAAGGAUUUCAGAUGCAUCCAGGUUUGGGUCCUCACCACAUUUGCUCUGGGCAUUCAGAUGAAAAAAAAUUACCAUGUGCACAAGGCUCUGGGUCCCAUUGUGAUCCCUAGCAGGCAUUCCAAAAGAACCUUCCUACCCAACCUUUUUGCAGAUGGCACCAAGCACAACCCAGCCAUUCAGCCUUUAUCAAUAUCAGGAGUGUGCUAUCACAUUAUGUAAAGCUUGAGAAAGAUACCAUUGUCAGCCGCAUGGCAGCUGUAAGUUAUGGGAAUUGUAUCCAGGGGUCAUGGCUUGGUGCAACUCCCACCCUCGCCCCCCGCCUUCCUUUUAAUGGCCAGCUUGCAGGGCAACUCGACCAUUCAAAUAUGUAUGUAUAAAUUUUCUCAAGGGUAGAUCCAUGUUAACCGUACUGCAAGAGAUUCCAGCCAAUUGGCCUGUGCAGAUCUAAGGUGCUUGUAUCUCUUUGUAUAACUAUAUACAUAUGUACAUACAUAUCCUGUUUAAUGUAAUUGAAACCUUGGAGCUGUCCGCUUGCUCUGGAACCCAGCAGGUGGUGUGAUGGGCUUGGACAAUGGGAGAAGGUGAAUGCUGGCUGGUUUAAGGCAAGCAAUUCUUCUGAAAAUUUCAAUUGCAUGGGAAUAGUCCUGUAUAAACAAGCUGUCACCGUCAAUUGAAUAGGUGCUAUGUAUGUCCUCAGAUUAUAUAAAUUAGUUUUUAAUCCAGGUUUAAAUUUUAUGUAGAAAAGGCACAGAGCAGCCUAGAGAAAGAACAAUAGCCUCAGCUUGAUUAGUUUAGCCAUAUAGCAGACAAUGCAACAUUCUUUAGCCUCUUUCUAAAACUUCUUUUCAGUGUUUAAAAAGUCCUUGGUGUGUCACUUCCCAAGCCGCCUUUAUUUGACUCAUCCAUACCAGGUCUUUGCAGACCUCUCCUUGCUGAAGUUCCCAUUACAAAUGUCCUUCUUGCCUAGGACUUGUGUUCUGCCAACAAUGACAGAGGAGACUUGAUCUCAAUCUCUCUCUGGAGUCCCUUUAGCAAGUUGCUAAUACUGAACUCUGCAUUAUGUAUAAUCCCAGUUUUUUCCAGGCACUUUAGUCGGAGCUAUUUCCUUUGCAUUAUUAAUCUCUGUAGUCAUACUAGAAAACUUAACUUGAAAGACAUUCACCUAAUGAACAGAAAAGGGGAGCAGGGAAAGGAGCCCCCAGAAGGAUAAAUGGGGGAUUUUGUGUAUUGAAGUACUAUUCAUAUGCAAUACUAAAUUCACAGAAAUUCUGUAAGAGCUGCAGCUGAAAUAAUUCUCAAUUCAUGAACCUCUUUCAUUUUAGUACUUAAUUGCCGAGUUUACCUUUCCCCCUAAAUAGUGGUAAUUUGUUGCUGACCAAUUGUAGUAAGGAUCAGGACCUUGGCCUGUGGGUGUCUGCCUAGAUGCUGCCACUUCCUCUGGAAAACAUGAAGGACCAUCAUAACCUGGCAUGCAUUGCAAUUGUAGCUGUUAACAAGAGUUUCCAAGCAGAACCCAGCUGCACUUGUCAAGGACCACAGUAACUAGCAAAGAGUGGUUUCCAUUUCUUCCAUGCACUGAAGUGUCUAUUCCUGCAUGUCCCAUCUUUUAUACUCCUGCCCUCAUUGAGUUAACACAUCACUCUGGUCUAACCAAAGUUACAAAGAGACCUGCCAAUGUAAAUUCAUAAAUCAUUUAAGACCGAGCCACUAGCAAUCUGGCCCCCAAAUCUCAGCAAUUCAGAGGUACCCUUGCUGCCUGAUCUUGUGCAUGCUUACUCAGAUGCCAGUCCCACUGAGUUAAAUGUGGCUUACGCUGAAGUAAGUGUGCCAUAAAGAGCUAACAGAAUUUGCAUUAAGCCAGCCAGAGGUAGGAGGAUGUGCACAGCCUGGUCGGUUUCUCUGCCCUCUGUCCAGUCAGGAUCAGCCUUGUCUUCAUGUUUUGGUGCUCUCUCUCUCCCUCCCUCCCUCCUCCCUUCCCACGCUGUUCCUCUUCCUCCUUGCUGGGUUUUCUUGAAACUGCAAUUUUCUCGCUGAGCACCCAACCCCUCAAACACCCUGUUGUAUUGGGGCUAUUUUGCACAGUGAUGUACAAGAUGCCAGGCCUCGUGUCGGCUUUGGCACAAAAGUUCCUCAUUUGCCUUUUUUUCUUUGGUUGUUUUGCUCUUGUAGGAUAAGAAUAUACUGUAAAUAACCUGUAACUGAAUGGCCUGAAUGAAUCUGGGGGACCAGCCAUGGGGGCUGGGCCCUGUGUCUGUGAAGCGUCAUGCUGGAGGUUUUUUUCUUUUUCUUUUUUGUACUACGUGUGAGUAACUGUGCUGUGCUGACUCAUUUCUGAUUGUAUGAUGUACACCUCCCAGCAGUUGCUAUGGGCCAGUGGGACAGGGUGGGAACAAAAUGCCUUCUAAUAAUAGGAGUUGGCCUCCCUCAUCUCUCUCGCUGCUCGCUCUGCAUUUGCUCAAUACUUUUCACAAAGUUGCAGAGUCCAAUCUAGUAAGGCUGUCACAAUAAGAUUAUACAGCUCAGUGUUUUCUUCUUAGCCACUUUCUCUCUUUGUACUGGUGCUAUCGUAACAGUGUUUGCAGAGCAGAAGAGCACUGCCAAUCAGUUAUAGUUGAGCAGGGUGAAGUGGUAGGUCUUGAUCCCUAUAAGCAGGCUAGGAUAUUGAGUGGGAGGUCCUGCUGGAAUCAGGUUAAUUCACAGUGAAUUGGGGAUGGACACUAAAUAUCCAGGACUUUCCCAUCCCCAUUUAGUUCUUGCUUUCUGCUUUUGUAUGUUUUGGCUUAUGCUCUGUGAAACCUUCAGAGACUGGGUGGUUUAGUUUAUCACAUUGAAUUGUUAAUAACACUAAGUACAUUGCAGGAUGUUGUUAGGUAGAGGAUAGGAACGCCACAACUUUGCACAUUUUAAGUAUAUGACGAUUUGAAAUAAUCCUGUUGAGUUUGAACUUUUGUUUAAUAUGAAACUUUGUACAUGCUUCAGAUGGCUAAAACAUGACCAGUCAUUGCUCCUAGUAGGGUAAGACAUCUUAAAUUCACAUCUUAUCUGUCUCCUACCCUGCCUAUGAGCCAAAUCAUUAAUUAAACCUACACUUUUAUGUAUUGAGUUCAACCCAUUAUUAUAUUUUUCUUCCCAGAGGUAUCAGAUGUGUUACAGUGCAACUUGAUGCAUAUUUACUCAGAAGUAACUGCUGCUGCUGCAUUUGGGCAUGGGAGAAGAGCUUGAGUCCCAGAAAGUACGUUUAGGAUUAAGGAUAAUCUUAUGAGCAGUUCCACCAUGAGGCUGUAUCCUGGACAAAUCUUCCAAAUUAGGCAAAUUGUGACCUGGUCACAAUUCCUAAGACCAGUUUGUCAUUCCAAAAUGAAGUCAAAAACAUAAAUUUUUUGAACCAGAUCAUUUCUAUCCAAAAAGAGGUUUUAAGCCAGUUGUGUUGGGAGCAUUUUUGUAGCCAGAAAUCUUUGUUUCCCUUCAUGCUGAAAUGUCUUUUUGAUGGUUCUAGGCAAAAUGCACAUGACUCUGCAACACAUAUUCCAUUCACACAGCUCACAAAGUAUCUCCAAGCUUUGAGCAUCUCAUGACUUCCACCAUGAUGAACGCUGCUCUGUAAUGUGGAAGGCAGAAGGGUGGGCUUUCACUGGAGUAAAUAGGACCUUAUUUCUAUCAUUGCUAUUACAAAUGCAGACAGGCCCAUUGGUUGCAAGUCCCAGAGAGCAGAAUUUUAAAAUUUUAUUAAAGUGCCUGCUUUUUUGAAAAGAUGCAGUUUUAGAAUAUUAACAGGCUGCCCCAAAAAUAUUGUUCAUUUUUAAGGUGCCACAAGCCUCUCCCCCCCCAAAAAAACCCCAGACAAACAUGGCUACCCUUCUGGGAAUAGUUACAAAAACAUUGUAAACAAUAUUGUUAACCAGAAUCCUGCCAGAAAAGGUGUGUCUUACACUCUGUCAGAAACCUUUUCUUUCAGGAAUGAAAUUCAAAGAAUAAGAGCAGGGGAAACUGCUGGGAAGGCCUGGCUUGUGACUCAUCGUCCAAAUCUCAUGCAGAGGUGGCACAGACAGUAAUGUCUGCUGCAUAGAAAUCAGCACCCGCCCGGCUUAAACAGAGCGAGAGACUGCAUUCACAUUUAACUUUUAAAACCAGCACCUUGAAUUGGGUCUGGAAGCAAAUUGGCAAGCAGUGCAGCCUCCCAACACCCAUUAGUAGAUCUGCCGCAGGAAUCCGCACCAAUUGAAGCUUCUGUGUCAUCUUCAAGGGCAACCCAACAUAGAGUGGCAUUGCUGUAAUAAACCAAGUUGCAGAAGCAUGGAUCAGCAUGGCAAGGUGUGACAUGUCCAGAAAAUGAAAAUGUUUCUUCUGAGCCAAAGAUGGGGGGGAAUAACUCUGACCUGCUUCUGAAGAAGCAGUUCUGGCUUCAGGAGUACCCUCCAGGCUUUUACCUGCUCAGAUAGGGUUAUAGAGAUCCUACAGCCAUUUCCCCUUCCCUGUCCACCUUGUCUCUGGCUUGUCAAUUGUAACCUGUUAUCCACUAUUCCCUUUACUGCACCUUCCAAACUCAAAAGCGUUUGAGCAACAACAAGCCCAUAAAGGAGGGUGCCUUAUAAGACUCCUCUCUGCAAGAUUAUUAUGUGAUCUUUGUGAUCAUUGGCUUAUGGCUAAGGCUGCAACUGGUGCACAUACAUCACUUGAGAAUCUCAUUUCAGUUGGUGGAAUUUACUUCUGAGUAAACGUCAUUGCAAUGCAGGUAUGUUUGUAGUAGAAAACACAAUAUGGCAGUAACAGAACUCAAACAUUUAAGUGGAUAUCUAAAAUGGAGAGGAGAGUGGAACCAGGGAGGAGGGAGAAAGAAUCAGCAUCAGCCUACCAACUUAUCUCUGGUAAGUGUAUUAACAUGGUGGCAUAGGCCUUAGAUUCGUUCCUUAGUUGAGUGAGCUGGCCAACCAACAUACAAAAAAACAUGUGCCCUCUAAACACUACUACAAAAUGAAAACAAGCUGAGGAAUGAUUUUAUUCUGAUUAGAAAUUAUAACUCAGAAUGCUUCAAGCUGGGGACUUGGCAUUGUGACCAAGUCAUACAGACAUUCCAAAUGGGUUGCUCACAACAGGUUAUUAUAACUUACUAGAUUUCCACUGGGAAGGGUAAAUCUGGAUUAAAGGGUGUGUGUGAAAUAAGGACAGACAUAUAGAGGCUAGUGAGUUAUGGAUGCUGCAGAAAAUACCCAUGCAUGAGGAGCACCCAUCCCACAAUAAUCACCCUCCUGGAAGAACCCUGAAGCUAGCACUGUAAAUGACUGAAGGCAAGAACAAUUCCUUGGUAAACCUGAAAAGAUUAAAAGGAAGCGUGCAGGAGCUGGAGCCCGUGGCUGUUGCCAAAAACCAGGGAUUGUCUCUAAUGGAUUUCAGCUGGUCAUAAACAUACGAAGUUGCCUUGGUCCAUCUGCUCUAGUGCAGUUUACUCUGACUGUCAGCAGAUUUCCAGGUUUCACAUGGAGAUCUUUCUCUGUGCCUAGAAUGGAAGCUGACAUCCCGCUACCUGAGCUGUGGCACUUGUUCUCAGCUACAGGACCUUGUGGUUUCAAAUGCAGAGAAACCCAGCUUCCCUCAUUCCACACACCCCUUUUGCAGUCUAGCAUCCAGAUAGAAGCAAGUCUUUUACUGGGCAAGAGCAGAGGAGACCCAGCAGCGGCGCUGUGAGUAAAUUGCACAAAGAACAAUGGGAUGGAUGCCAAAAACCAAGGGUUGGAGUGGAUGUCCUGCAUGCUACUCAGCAGCAAAUGAAGAGGGAGAGGGAAGAGGCCAGACUUUAAUGCUAUUCCAGCUUCAACCUCAUAUUGCAAAAAACGAAAUAAAAAUGGGGAAAUUGGGAAUUUCAUCCAUCUGAUCAUGAAACUCCAAAGGGCAAAGCUGGAUGGUCCCUAGUGGCUCCUUCCCAGGGGCGUUGGUGCUAAGUAGCUGGGGGUUUCAGUCCCAUGGAAAGCUAGAAGGAGGUUGCUGGAACACUGAUAAUUGCACUAAUUCAUCAAUCCAUCGGCAAACGUAGCAUCCCUUCCCCGUCGUCCCUGCCAAAGACGUGUCACCCUUCUGCUUUUGCCAAGUCUCGAAGGUCUUGGCUCGGGGUGAAGCUGGGAUAGCACCAAAGUCUAGGGUCUCCUUGGCUCAUAAGCUACUGCUGACUGGUGGCCCAAACCUUACAAUUUUAGCUUUUUUCUAAUUAAAAAUGCAUUUUUUAAAAAAAUUAAAAAGUGAAAGAAUUCCUGUUUUAGAAGAGCUGUGUACUUGACGGAUUCUGUGUUUCUUAAAUGCAUGGUGUUCCUUCCAGGGGGUUUUAUAGCACUUUUUAAAUUUCUCGGAAGAUUUUUUGGUCCCAGUUUCUAUGCUACCUUCUUUCUCUUUCUCUCUGUCUCUCGCCUUUUGUUUUGGUCUCUUUCUUUUGCGGAAACAGUUCUUUGUAAACCUGCAAUCUGUUUUAUACCUGAUGUAGACAAAAUUGAAAUCAAAAAUUCCAGAUGUUGUACAUAGCUGCGGAAACAAUCACGGGGAACAACUGCCAUCUGGACUGUUUCCAACAUAGACCAUUUGUACUUGUGGUUUUAAAAAAAGAAAAGAAGCCAGGAAAAGGCUUUAAAAGCAAAAUAAAAAUUAAAAAUAAAUUAAUUAAAAAUCAUCAACAAAGUAAAGUAACAGCCCUCUUCACCAACUCAUCUGUCUCUACUAAGCUGCUCAUUCCAUGCAGCAUGUUCCUUCUGGGUCUGUCAGUCUGUCAUAACACCAUUUGAAGUUUAAAUAAAGUGAUCUCCUGUGUU